GUUGUUGUUUUUUGUAUCAUUCCACCUACGAACAGCUCAUUUUUAGAGAAAAACGAAGAAAUUAGACAGAUGUCAAGGUGUAAAAACGGAUUGAUUUUACUUAGAAGAUCUCACAAAGUCUUUUUAUUCCAUUGCAGAGAUUACCUUCUUCAAUUUUCAUCAUCAGAGACGAAAAAUAAAAUUAGAGCCAUAGGUAAAAAUGACGAAAAAACGCCUGAGAAGUCUGAAAAGAAGGAAAAGAAAAUCAAAGAAAUGUCAGCCUCAAGAGUGAAAAAGUUCCGGAAACUUUUUGGACAGCAAAUACCAGCUGAAGAAACUUUAAUUAACUACUUCUCUUGUGCAAUUGUCGCUGAAAUUCUUCUACAAGGACACCUUUAUGUUUCGGAGAACUACUUUUCAUUCUACUCAAAUGUCUUUGGAUACAUCACAAAGAUUGUUUUUCCAGUCGGGACAGUCAUCUCGAUUACAAAAGAGAAAACAGCAAAAUUCUUUCCAAACGCUAUCGCUUUGCAAUUGAGUGAUGGAACUCGACACAUAUUUGGUAGUUUCUUAUCAAGAGAAGAAGCAUAUCAGCUAAUGCAAAUGAUUCAUCGUAAAACAGAAGCAAGUAUAGAGGCUCCUGAUGUAUUUGAAGCUGUGAGUGACGAAGUUGAUGAGGCAAACGUUCAAGAAGUGUCUUCAAUCGAUGACACAAGUUCUGUAAGUGGCAGUGAGAGUUCAGCUCAGAUAAAAAUAACUUCAGUUCAAGGUGAAAGUGAUGCUGUGCAAGUUCCGGUUGUUGACAUAAAUUUGCCUGUUCCUACCAGCAAAUACACAGAAACCUCACCUGAAAUAUCUCAAGGUGAACACGUUGGAUCUGUUGGCAAAUAUGAUGUCAAACUUAUGAGUGAAUACAACGUUUUGUUCGUUGGAAUUUGCUUAACAAUUCUUUUAGCAUUUUUUUCUGCAUUUUUACUUAUGAAGAUUAAUGGAAUUGAACAGAGCAGUUUACCAAGUGACAACAUUCUCGAUUUCAGCUCACAUAAGUUGAGCAUUGAUGAUGCCGAAAAGAUUUUAAACAGAAACGUAUUAAUUGUAAGAAACGUACGAAAAAAGUUAGAAGACUUACAUGAAAUGUUGAGCAGCUCUUUUAAUCAAAUUCCCGCCGCUAUGAAUGAUAAGCAAGAAUUGUAACUAAAGACUUGUAAUCGAGCUUCUUUUAAAUUGUGAUUUAAUUUCAAAUUGUUCUUUUUUGUUGGUUGUUGAAAUAUUAUAUUACAAAUUUUCAAUCAUUUGUCAAUAUUUUAUCGUUAAAAUUCAUUGCUUGCAAUAAUUUCAAAGAAUUUUCUUUCGAAUUUGUUGCUUUUUCCUAUUGCUGUUUUCCAUUCAUCUUCCAAUUGUUUGUUAAUAAAUGAAUAAAUAAAGGAGCGAAAAAGUUUCUUAAUUGAUUUAGUUAAAUGAAA